CGGGACUUCUGUUGGAGAAUCAGUUUGAGCCGGUCUUUGAUAUAUACUGUCCUGUCUUUUGUUUUACUCUGAACAUGCCAUUGGUUUGGUAGAACCUCCAGCACCGUUAGGUGGCAGCACCGGGCCAUAAACUAGUAUACUUACCAAAACAAAACCACCAUCGAAGUACUGGAUUAUGACGUGUACUUGUUAUGGGUCAGGAAGAGGACAUUGCUCAACAAAUAAUAGUUUAAUAUCGUUCCGUCGAUGAAUCUAAAUGAAGAUCGUGUUAAUUUGCGAUGUGCACCCGGAUAUGCUUGUGUGUUCUCUGCGGUCUACCUGCAGCAGGAAAGUCGACGCUUGCGCAGGCGGUCAACUCUCACUCUGCACAACGAGGCUGGAGGUCCGCUGUCAUUUCUUACGACGACCUGAUUCCCGGUGACGCUUUCAAUGUGAAGGAAGUCGAGGAUGAGGAGGAUAUUCCGCGAUCGCAGACGCAGACUGAAUGGAAAGGUCACAGACAAGCGGUGCUGCGGUGUGUUGAACAGUUCCUACAGAGUCCCACCAAUCAGCUACCACCAAUCAUCUAUCAGAUCAACAGGGAUGCCCGGAGUCGUCUCCUUCACGCCACUCAGGUCUGCGGGACACCGGUGGGCUCUUCUCUGGUCUGCGGGACACCGGCGGGCUCUUCUCAGGUCUGCGGGACACCGGUGGGCUCUUCUCGGGUCUGCGGGACACCGGCGGGCUCUUCUCAGGUCUGCGGGACACCGGUGGACUCUUCUCGGGUCUGCGGGACACCGGCGGGCUCUUCUCAGGUCUGCGGGACACCGGUGGGCUCUUCUCAGGUCUGCGGGACACCGGUGGGCUCUUCUCAGGUCUGCGGGACACCGGCGGGCUCUUCUCAGGUCUGCGGGACACCGGCGGGCUCUUCUCAGGUCUGCGGGACACCGGUGGGCUCUUCUCAGGUCUGUGGGACACCGGUGGCCUCUUCUCAGGCUUACCCGUCACCUUCAGAUCGACCACCGCCGCCACUCGUCAUUCUGCUGGACGACAACUUCUACUAUCCAAGCAUGAGAUACGAGGUGUACCAACUGGCCAGAAAACACUCUGUGGGAUUCUGUCAGGUGUACGUCCACUGUCCCGUGGAGUCGUGUGUCAGGAGAAACCAGCUGAGGCCCCAGCCGUUACCCAGUGAUGUCAUCGUAGAGAUGGCCAAGCGCAUGGAGCCUCCAAACCCUCAGAGAAACUCAUGGGAGCAGAACAGUGUCACUCUGGACAGCGAACACCACUUCACCAUAGAAUACAUCCAAAGGUUGGUGAAGGUGAUCUCUACUGCGUUGGAGAACCCACUGAGUCCAGUCCAGGACAACACUGAGCAGAAGGAGGCUGACCGUCAGAGCUGUGUGUCCAGUGUGGUCUACCAGGCUGACCAGGCCUGCAGACGCCUGGUCUCACAGGCCAUGCAGGAGGCCAGAGAACAUCAACUUCCCCCAGAGAGGAUGAGGUCUCUGGCAGCCGACUUCAAUGAAUCCAAAACCACAUUCCUCCAGGACCUGCGGAGACAAGUUCUCCACGGCCUUCCCUUAACCCAGGGAGAGGGCGUGGAGGUGCCCAGGGAGAGGGCGUGGAGGUGCCCAGGGAGAGGGCGUGGAGGUGCCCAGGGAGAGGGCGUGGAGGUGGAGCGGGUUGUGAACAGAGCCGUGGACGUCUUCAACAAAGAGAAACAGGAAAUCAUUGCAAGAUACCUUCCUCCUUAUGACAGAAUAAAAUGACACCGGUAAUGAGGGAUGGAUGAUCGCCAUUAUGUAACUUUCAUUGAUUCUAUGUAAAUAGUCAUACAUGUUGACGUUAGUAAUUACAUUUAUAUAUUCUUCUGACAAAAUGUCCAACCUGUUAGGUGCAUAUACAGGUUCCACCUUGCUAGGUUCCACCCUAACAGGGUGGAAAUGUGGAGGCUAACUUAGCCGUAGCACUGGGUGGAACCUAGCAAGGUGGAAAUGUGGAGGCUAACUUAGCCGUAGCACUGGGUGGAACCUAGCAAGGUGGAACCUAACAGGGUGGAAAUGUGGAGGCUAACUUAGCCGUAGCACUGGGUGGAACCUAGCAAGGUGGAACCUAACAGGGUGGAAAUGUGGAGGCUAACUUAGCCGUAGCACUGGGUGGAACCUAGCAAGGUGGAACCUAGCAGGGUGGAAAUGUGGAGGCUAACUUAGCCGUAGCACUGGGUGGAACCUAGCAAGGUGGAACCUAGCAGGGUGGAAAUGUGGAGGCUAACUUAGCCGUAGCACUGGGUGGAACCUAGCAAGGUGGAAAUGUGGAGGCUAACUUAGCCGUAGCACUGGGUGGAACCUAGCAAGGUGGAAAUGUGGAGGCUAACUUAGCCGUAGCAUUGGGUGGAACCUAGCAAGGUGGAACCUAACAGGGUGGAAAUGUGGAGGCUAACUUAGCCGUAGCACUGGGUGGAACCUAGCAAGGUGGAAAUGUGGAGGCUAACUUAGCCGUAGCAUUGGGUGGAACCUAGCAAGGUGGAACCUAACAGGGUGGAAAUGUGGAGGCUAACUUAGCUGUAGCACUGGGUGGAACCUAGCAAGGUGGAACCUAACAGGGUGGUAUGUGGAGGCUAACUUAGCGGUAGCACUGGGUGGAACCUAGCAAGGUGGAAAUGUGGAGGCUAACUUAGCCGUAGCACUGGGUGGAACAUAGCAAGGUGGAAAUGUGGAGGCUAACUUAGCCGUAGCACUGGGUGGAACCUAGCAAGGUGGAAAUGUGGAGGCUAACUUAGCCGUAGCACUGGGUGGAACAUAGCAAGGUGGAAAUGUGGAGGCUAACUUAGCCGUAGCACUGGGUGGAACCUAGCAAGGUGGAAAUGUGGAGGCUAACUUAGCCGUAGCACUGGGUGGAACCUAGCAAGGUGGAAAUGUGGAGGCUAACUUAGCCGUAGCACUGGGUGGAACCUAACAGGGUGGAAAUGUGGAGGCUAACUUAGCCGUAGCACUGGGUGGAACCUAACAGGGUGGAAAUGUGGAGGCUAACUUAGCCGUAGCACUGGGUGGAACCUAGCAAGGUGGAAAUGUGGAGGCUAACUUAGCCGUAGCACUGUGAGUGAUCAAGAUCCAGCUAGCAUAAUGGUGAACACUUGAAGAUCAUUUUUUUACUGGUCUGUCAAACAUAAUUUGAAAUGAUCAAAUGUUCAUCUAAUUUAGCCGAACAGCGGGGGACAUUUUAAGAGUGAGACCGUACUGACUAACAUCAUGAAACAUUAAAAUGUGGAUGUGAACCGAGUGUUGAUACUUAAUGUAGCGUUGCGUUGCUAUGGACACUUCCUGAUUGUGAUGUCAUCAUCCACUGAAAACAAAAUGGUCAAAAAAAUGCAAAUAAAAUGUCCCAUUGAGAUCGA